AUGGGUCAUGGCAUCCAUGACCUAUUAGCCAGGACAAAGUACACCCGCUUCCAUGGCUACAGACUGCCCCCUGACUUUGGUGAGACGCCUAGCAUUAUGCUCGAGAAUUGGUGUUGGAUGAAAGAUGUCUUGAAGGGACUCAGCUGUCAUUACACCACACUACACCAGAAUUACCUAGCAGACUGGCGCAAACAACAUCCUGGCGAGCCAGAUCCGCCAAAGGAAAUUCCAAAUGACUUGGUAGAGAGCCUCAUCAAAUAUCGGUACUUCAACAGGGGACUUUACCAUUUGUAUCAGCUGUCAACAUCGAUCUUUGAUCUACAGAUACACUCCCUGAGUACGGACAAGGAGAUUGCAGACCUCGAUCUACAAAAGCUGUGGUAUGACCUACGUGAGGAGAUAGAGGGGAUGAAUUUUUCUGAAUGCAGAAAUGGGUUUGCGUUUGGGACGUUCGGUCAUCUAACGGCUGGUUAUGAUGUUUGUUACUAUGCUUACUUAUGUUGCACGGCUGUGGCCUAA